AUGAAUCAUCAUAGCAUUUACAUGAUACAAGACUAUGUUGAUCACAGAUUUCCAUUCCAGAUUGCAGUACCCCUGAUGAACAGAAUGGCCCCAGAGUAUUCCCAGCCAGACCCUUUUAUCAACAUGGAUGAUUUUAAUAUAAGUGUGAUACCACAGGUUCCAGCUGUUCCCACAAUAUGGAAGAAACACCAAGGUCAUACCUCAUUCACCUGUAUAUACCUGUUUGGCCACACCAUGUUUCCAGAUAAAAAUCUCCAGAGGGAACUUGCUUUGAAACUCGACCUAUCAGAGUCAAAAGUAACAAUUUGGUUCAGGAACUGACAAUUUAAAUUGAAGAAGCAAAGAAAGUUUCAACAGCAGCAGCAAUCACUAAAGCUAUCAAACCAGAUCCUUCCAGCCAGGAAUGUGCCUGCCUCACCCAGAGCAUCAACCGGUGCUCAUCCUAUUUUCCCUACAGAUUCAGAUUUCUAUAGCUCCCUUCCAUCUGAGUACGUAGGUCCUUCUGACUGGACAUGGCAUUUUUCCACUGAGAGUCCCACAAGUGAUGAUCAAAGGCAAGAGCCUCUGUUAGAGUGGCUAGUGGCUUCAGUCACUGCGUUGUAUUCUGAAGCCUAUGACAUAGCCCAAAUCAUGGACUUGUACAGUUUUCCUGAUGAGGAAGAGAUAACCAGCUCUUCUUUUUGCUGUCUAUAUCAUUAUCUAACCCCCACCCAACAUGGCCCUAGCUAGACAAAGGUUUCCUCCCUUAGCAUCUUUGCUGAUCCAGCUGUCAGUCUAUCUGCUGGGCAAGCCUGGGGUCUGCUAGGACAAGCAGAGGUUUUGCAACCCAUGGUCUAA